ACGACAAUAACAAUGUCCACCAAUCUAUAUCCUUUGGAGGUUUUGUGAUCAACGACAAUAUGGCAGAUCCUACUUCAAAGAGUACAUUCCCGCAAGGUGCUGCUGACAAGGUUGCUUCUGGUUUUGCUAUACCUGAAGAAGUUACAGUAAAGAAGAAUUCUAGUAGAAUCACCAGUAUCUCUGGAUCCAAAGGAGCUCCUAUCCUUGUACCUGAGUCCUCUCCGAAAGCAAUUUUGAAUUCUCCCAAAGCUAGUAAUGUGUCAAAGGAUUUCCAUUUGAGACAAGCUGAGCUUGCUAGCAAAAGUGAUGAGCUGUACAACAAGUUGAUUAACAAAGCACAACAACCUGCAAUUGGAAGUCAGUUUGGAAAUAACUUAGAAAACUAUAUCGACCUGUCAGAGAAUGCUGCUGAAGAAUUGUUCCCAAAAGAUGAUAUUAUCAUUCUCCAGCCUAAAAACACUUUGGCUCUUCCUUUGGUUCAGAAUCAUCGUUUCCCUGUGUCAAACCUUGAUGUCAAGAAUUUCUGUUCUAUUGUUGAAUUGGCAUACACAAAGGGAGUUCAAAAAUAUACAUUAACAUGUUCCGUGACUGCAAAUGAAGCGGGAAAAUCACAGACCGUAGUUUUGUCCUUAAACCAGUGA